GCCGAGCUGCUGUCCACAUGAAGCCACCGAUGCAGCCCCUGACCCAGGCCCUGCCCUUCUCUCUGAGAGAUGCCCUUCGAGGCACUGGUCUCCGCGUGCCUGUCAUUAAGAUGGGCACAGGGUGGGAAGGCAUGUAUCGAACCCUGAAGGAAGUCGCCUACAUCCUUCUUUGUUGCUGGUGUAUCAAGGAACUGCUGGAUUAAUGGUGGCGGGGAACACCUCCUGUCAUCCCUGACACCAAGACCUGCAUCACUCAGCCCUAAGACUCCUGGAGCCGGCCGGCCUUCACCAAGGAUGGAGCGCAAACAACUGAGAGGGAACCAUGAACCUUGCUUUGAGCCGUUUAUGCGUCUGACCUGCCUCAUCCUGGGGCAUCUAUCCUGGGCUCCUGUCUCUGGUGUGGUUCUGGUACUCAUGAGCUUGGCUUGCCGCCUAAGACUCCAGUGAGACUACAGCAGGAUCUAAUAUUCUCCAAAAUUGGCACAGUGACCCCACCAACCCACACACUUGAAGAACCAGGAAUGGACUGCCCCUAAGAUACCUGGUAAUCACUCAACUAUAUAAUAAAUAGGCCUUGAGGCCAAAAGUUC